UAGCAUAGAGAAAUUUGACUACCUUCAGAUUCGAUCUAUAAGUCUGAAUUUAAUAUUUUCUCGUGUACUUCAGUUUAAUCGGGUUAUUUUUAUAUGAGGCUACAUUUUUUUAAAACAUCCCUGGUCACAAAUAAAUAUAAAAUAUGUAUGAUAAUACUUCCAUGACAAAACUGAGCGAAAGGGAUGAUGUAACGUUUGCUAUUACAAUGUGACGUCACUUCUAUGAGACGUGAUGUUAACCAUAUGCGUCAUUUCCACGUGAUCAAGGAAACGUAAUCUUUGAGCGACGGAAGCUUGUGCUACGUUUGACACAUUCCCGCAUGCUUUUUGUAUGUAUUAAAUUUCACAGCCCAAGUAUUCUGUGAAUCCAAGUAAGUAACUUUUUCUGAGCCUGGAGUUCAUCUUAUUUUGUAUAUUUUUAUAUUAUAGUAAGCCAAUAACGGUAGAAUUGUAUAUCAUGUUUGUGUGCUACUAGUAGUAGUAGUAGUAGUAGUAGUAGUACUGUAGUCGUCAGUGUUGUUAUUGUUUUCGAUUCUGACUCCCCAGCAGCGGUGCAUGACCAUGGCAUUACCUUAAAUUUGGUCGUCGAGAUUUUAGUUUUUUUAUGGCCAUAUUAUAGCAGAACGACCGACUGUGUGCACUUCUCUGCAAUGCAAUGGCCAAAACGAGCUGUGCAGGUUUAAAUUUGUUUUGAAACCUGAAGUACGAGUCAUGGCAGGAGAAGGUCCUGAGAAGUCGAGUGAGGAAGGAACUGCAUCUGCUGGGGGUGCAUCCGGAGGGGGUGUGCGCUUCGAGCUGGAGAAAGAGACAGAGCUGCGGUUCGAGGUUGAAGCUGGCGAGAAGGUUCAGCUGGAGCUACUGUCUGGACUGGCAGAGGUCUUUGGCUCAGAGCUAACACGGAACAAGAAGUACACCUUUGGAUCUGGGUCCAAAAUUGCUGUGUUUACCUGGCACAGCUGCAGCGUGUCACUGACUGGGAAAACCGAGGUGGCUUAUGUGUCCCGAGACACCCCCAUGCUGCUCUACUUAAAUACUCAUGCAGCUUUGGAGCAGAUGAGACAACAGGCUGAAAGGGAUAAUGAAAGAGGACCCAGGGUAAUGGUGGUGGGCCCAACUGAUGUAGGAAAAUCAACUGUGUGUCGCCUGCUUCUGAACUACGCUGUGCGGCUGGGCAGGCGCCCCACACUGGUGGAGCUGGACGUGGGGCAGAGCGGAGUGUCAGUCCCUGGCACGGUGUCAGCUCUGUGCAUCGAGAGACCGGCUGAUGUGGAGGAGGGCUUCUCUGUCCAAGCCCCACUGGUGUACCACUUUGGUUCUACCUCACCUGGCACUAACAUCAAGCUUUAUAAUAAGCUGACCUCCUGCCUGGCUGAGGUGUUUUCGCAGCGCUGUGAGGUGAACCGGAAGGCCAGCGUGGGCGGCUGUGUCAUCAACACCUGCGGCUGGGUGAAAGGCUCUGGCUACCAGGCACUGGUGCACUGCGCCUCCGCAUUCGAGGUGGAUGUGGUUCUGGUUCUGGACCAGGAGCGGCUCUAUAAUGAGCUGAAGCGUGAUUUGCCGCACUUUGUUAAGGUAGUCCUGCUACCCAAGUCCGGCGGUGUGGUCGAGCGCAACAAGGACUGUCGCAGGGAGGCGCGCGAUGAGAAGAUCCGGGAAUACUUCUACGGCUUCCGGGGUGUUUCCUUCUAUCCCCAUGCUUUUGACGUGCGCUUCUCGGAUGUUCGCAUCUACAAGAUCGGCGCUCCCUCCAUCCCAGACUCCUGUCUACCACUGGGAAUGUCUCAGGAUGACACGCAACUGAAGCUGGUGCCAGUGACUCCAGGGAGGGAUCUUACCCAUCAUGUCCUCAGCGUGAGCUGCGCUGAGGACGAGGGGGCUGAGGCUGGUGCCAGCGGGCCUGCAGCCCAGAGAAGAGGGAUACUGGAAAGCCCCGUGUGUGGCUUCAUUGUAGUGACUGCCGUUGACACUCAGGCCCAGGUGAUGACUGUUCUGUCUCCUGCCCCACGCCCUCUGCCUCGACACACCCUGCUCAUCAUGGACAUCCGCUUUAUUGAUCUCAAGUAGAGAGUAGUGAAGAAGAGGGAAAAGGAGGAAAGGUUCAUAUUCUGAGUAAACUGUUUCCUUUAACUAUAAUCUCUGUGUCCUUCACUGUGUGUCAGGGCCCCGACUGUUUUACUGAGUUGUGUCGUUUUUUUUUUUUUC